AUGUUGUUUUCUCAUAUGGGCUAUGGCAUUCGAUCUUUCGGCAGUGCUCUCGCAGUCUGUCUGCUGGCUACCGCGACGCUUAGCGAAAUUAUCCUUACCACACCAAUCGGUAUCAAGGCAGAUGGUAAGGGCACUGUCUACUGUCUCUUCUACACGGAGGAAUCGUACGGCAUUACCGAGGGGAAGGAAGCCGCAGCCGCCUUUGCAGAUGCGAAUGGCAAAUAUACAUUCCAGGACCUUUUCGGCCCCAAUACCCUGCUCGACACUGCCUUUGGGAACCCCAGCACGGAUAAUCAGGAUAUAUGCUGGGCGUGUUCCGAGGCCAUGGCCAGAUAUGCAAGCGAAGUCCUGAUCACGGAGUGUUGUUAUCACAGGGACCACCCAGCCGACGAGCCCGAAGACUUCAAGGAUGAUAUCAAAUUAGACACUGAGUAA